AUGAAGCUCUCCGCAUUCGCCAUUGCCUGUAUCCUGGGCUACACCUCCGCCCUGCCCGUCUUCGGCGAACAGGCUCCCACACAAACUGGUGUUCAGCCCACCGGCACUGCGGCCUUUCAGAACCCUCCGCCGUCUGGCUCUGCUGGACCUGCUCCCUCCGGUGGCCCUGGUGGCUUCGAUCAACAUGGUGGACACGGUGGUUCUGGAGACGCUCCCGCUGGCGGUCAGGCAUUCCCCUCUGUGACUUUCUCCGGUGCUGCUCCUUCCGGGGGUCCUGAGGACCACCAGAAGCGUCAGGUCGAGAUCCCGGCCUCCUUCACCGAAGGUGGCUCUGCUCCCACCGCUGCUCCUUCUGGUGGCUUCGGGGGCGCUUCUCCCUCCGGCUCGUUUGGAGGCACUGUUCCCCCCGGAUUUCCUAACGGCCCCUCUCCAUCUGGCGGCUUUGGUGGUCAGGGUGGCGCUUCUCCAUCUGGCUUCCCCCGUGGUGCUUCUCCCUCUGGAUUCCCCGGCGGUGCUUCUCCCUCUGGCUUCCCCGGCGGUGCCUCUCCCUCUGGUUUCCCCGAGGGUGCUUCCCCCUCCGGCUCCCCUCAGCAGGGUCACGGCUCGCACGGCCACCACGGCGGCCACAGCGGCCACAAGCAAGGCCAGUCCUCAGACAACGCUUCCUCUGAGUCCGAGCAGAAGGUCGAGCGCCGCCAGUUCGAGCAGAACCAGGGUUCCUCCUCCGAGGGAUCCUCCCACGAGGGCGGACAUGGCGGACAGGGCCACGAGGGUGGCUCUUCCGGCUCCAGCGGCAGCUCUUCCGAAGGCCCCUCUCCCUCUGGCACCGUUGGUGGCUCUUUCCCCUCCGGCUCCUUCGGCGGCCAGGGCGCUUCUCCCUCUGGCUUUGCUAGCGGUGGCUCUUCUGGCUUCGGGGGUCAGGGUGCCUCCCCGUCCGGUUUCCCCGGUGGCGCUUCUCCUUCCGGCUCUGUUGGUGGGCAAGGUCCCUCGCCCUCCGGUUCUUUCGGUGGCCAGGGCCCGUCUCCUUCUGGCUCCUUCAGUGGUGCCGGGGCUGAGCCCUCGGGCGCUCCUUCCGGCGCUGCCCCCACCGGUGCUUCUGGCUCUUUCUAG